AUGCCUUUUGGAGAGGCUCUCCAACAAAUGUCACUCUAUGCUAAGUUUCUGAAAGACAUGCUAACUAAGAAGAACACGUACAUCCACAGUGACACCAUAGUUAUGGAGGGAAACUACAGUGCUGUUAUUCAACGUAUCCUACCACGAAAACAUUCAGAUCCAGGAAGUGUCAAAAUACCUUGUUCGAUAGGUCUAGUUUUAGUAGGCAAGGCUUUUAUUGAUUUGGGAGCCAAAAUUAAUUUGAUGCCGCUCUCCAUGUGUCGAAGACUUGGAGAGCUAGAGAUAAUGCCUACUCAGAUGACCUUACAGUUAGCUGAUUGCUCUGUCACCAGACCCUACGGAGUGAUUGAAGACGUGCUGGUCCGGGUCAAGCAUCUCAUCUUUCCUGCUAAUUUUGUUGUAAUGGACAUUGAGGACGAUGCGGAUAUUCUUGACAUUUUAGGACAUCCAUUUAUGUCUAUGCAAGCUAUGGCUUCCCCAAAAGAUAGGCACCAGCCUCAGCAUCUCAGGCCCGCUAUGACCGCUCUAGAUUCAUAUCUCAGGAGGCCUGGGAUCGCUACUCCGACAUUGUGA